AUCAAGUGAAAUUGAAUUAUCGAUCGUAGCGGUUACCGACUUGUCAAACUCUCGCAUACGGUUUCCAUCAGCUGACGCAAGAUGACACUAUCGACGCCGUUCGCGCUGACGGCGCGAGAGACGAUACUAUGCGCAGUACAGUUUAGCGUCUACGUGGGGUAUGGCGUGGAUAUACGGGUGAGAGAGGUAUAUUUCGUUUUUUACAUGUUGUCGACGACAAAGAGUGGAUUGGAGUUGACACCGAUCGCGACGAUAACGGGUGAACCGGGGUUCAGGCGGUGUCUCGUUGGAUCGACACGGUGCGUGCGCGCGUUAAAUCUCGUGCUGUCUCCUCUCUCUCCCCCUUCCACCUCUCGUCUUGUUUCUCUCCUUUUCUCCCUCCCUCCCUCCCUCCCUCCCACCAUCUCGCUUCUCUCCCGACAUGGCUAAGACAUACCGUUACUCACGCGUCUCUCCUACUAUCCAUUGAUGCCUACGCCGUCGCGUAACUCGUGCGUGAUACUACUCUACGUGCAUCUCGCGUCGCGCGCGUGCAAGGACGCGUGCCUUCAUCUCCGUGCAGUCAGAGGGACGAGGCACGACCGCGCAUCCCAAAGGAUCAUCACGCUAGAAGGUUAGGAUUCGCGUAAAUGAAAGACGUUAGAUGAGGAAGUUUGCGAGAUCGCCCGAAUUGCAGACUCGCCAGAAUGGUGGGUAGCAUGCCCAGCGGAUGGAUGAGGAGGGUUCUCCUCUUUCUCGUCCUGAUGACCGGAGUCUUGCUAAUCGCCAUGUACGCUCAUGCUCCACCGCUCGCAUCGCUACAGCCGUUUGCGACUCGUCGACUAGAGGACUGGCAACGCGGUUUGGUUAAUUACCUGGUGGGUAAUGAAACCACCAUCGGACCUGAGGAACGGCUUUACGAGUAUCUGGAAGAGCCUAGAACGUUUCAAAGUCCAUGGUCCUGGGCGUGUGUGGCAAAUCGAUGCGAGAGGCGAGCAGUAAGAUCCUCGAGGACGUCCUUGGCGACCUGCACCGCGCAUUGCGGAGGGAACACUCGCCUGUUGUGGCCCAGACCGACUGGAAAUAUCAUCCUCGGUGAUGACAGUAUCAUCCUGCAUCUUCAGCAAAUCGAAUUCGUCACUGUCAAUACGAGCGACCAGGAGACGAAGGAUCUGCUGGAGAAUGCAAAGGAUGUUUUCAUCGGGAACAUCAGAAGUCUGAUCAAGGUGUUGAAUGCCAAAAGUCGAUCCGGUAUCGACACCUUCACCAUAUACCUGAGCGCCGGUAAUGCGCGGGGCACCACUCUGUCUCUGGAUACCGACGAGUCGUAUAAGCUGGAACUCGCAUCGAAAGGGAAGAUCUUGGAGGCAAGGAUCACGGGAAAAAGUUAUUUCGGGGUGCGACACGGCCUCGAGACUCUCAGUCAAUUGAUCUGGUGGGACGAGGCAGCCGGCAAACAGGGUGCUCUUCGCGUUCUCGCACGAGCCUCUAUCGAGGACAAACCCAUAUUCCCUUAUCGCGGCCUCCUAGUCGACACCGGCAGGCAAUUCUUUCCUGUCGAAGAGCUCAAGAGAGUGAUCGACGGCAUGGCGGCUACGAAGCUCAAUACCUUUCAUUGGCAUCUCACCGAUUCUCAGAGUUUUCCCUUCGAUUCGGCGCAAUUUCCGGAGAUGGCGAGAUGGGGCGCUUACAGCGGCGAUCACAUUUACACACCCGAUGAUGUGAAGGAUCUGGCCGAUUACGCGAGGAUACGCGGCGUUAGAAUCGUCGUCGAGAUCGAUUCCCCGGCUCAUGCCGGCGCCGGGUGGCAAUGGGGUGCGGAACAUGGUUUCGGCGAGUUAGCAUUAUGCGUAGACCAGCAGCCGUGGUCGUCAUAUUGUGGCGAGCCGAACUGCGGCCAGUUGAAUCCUAUAAACGAGCACUCGUAUCGGAUACUCGAGGGCCUGUACCGAGAGCUGUUAGAUCUCACCGAGGUGCGCGACGUGGUGCAUCUCGGUGGCGACGAGGUAAACCUCGAAUGUUGGGCGCAAUACGGCAACAUUACCUUGGCAAUGCAGGCGCAGAAUAUGACGGAUCAUCACGCGCUUUGGGCGGAAUUCGAGGCGAAGAUGCUGCAGCGAUUGAUCCGGGCGAAUCACGAUAAGGUGCCGAAGGCGGUGAUUUUAUGGAGCUCGCCGUUGACCAAGAGGCCAUACAUCAUGACGUACUUCGACCCGAAAAUCCAUGUCAUCCAAUCCUGGGGUGGCAGCAACUGGCCGGAAACGCCAGACCUGCUGGAAGACGGCUUCCGCGUGAUCUUGUCGCAUGUGGACGCGUGGUACCUGGACUGCGGCUUCGGCAGGUGGCGGGAAAGCGGCGAAGCCGCGUGCGGCGAAUAUCGUACCUGGCAAACUGUCUAUAAUCAUCGUCCAUGGAGAGACUAUCCGCCGCAGCAACUGCCUCUGGUGCUCGGUGGCGAGGCGGCGAUUUGGAACGAACAAACCGGGCAAUCAUCCUUGGGACCUCGACUAUGGCCCAGGGCAUCAGCGUUCGCUGAACGAUUAUGGAGUGACUUACCGACGAAUAGUUACUCCACGGAUGAAAACGUUUACACCAGAUUGGCCACGCACAUCGAAGUUCUGAACAGCAGAGGCAUCAAGACAGAGUCUAUGUGGCCGUAUUGGUGUUCCCAGAACCCCGGUAAAUGUCUCUGACCUCUGAUCGUUAGAAAUUCGCGAACUAUCGAUCAGUCGUCCCGCGAGUGCUGUACCUGCAGUACUGAUAAUCGUAUAAAAACGGGACAUCUUAAGAAAAGACGAUGUCUACCGCAAGCCUUGUCGAAAUCGAUUUCGUUCGACGCGCAAUUACAUCGCGUAUUCGUGAUUCACGGGAUUUCUCGAUAAUCGGCCCGUCGACAAACUUGACAAUCGUUCCUGCUCGAUAAAUCAUUUGAUGCUGAAUUUUCACUAUUUGCGAGACACGGCAAACGUUGAAAAAGUUUGAGGCGUUUGUUGAACAGUAUCGAUAUCAAAUAAUGGGUCAAAAAUAUCAUUUAUGCACUCUCUGCGUGUGUAAUGUACGCGCAGAUAUGCUGAAGCUAUGAAAUUAUGCAAGCGACAAUAGUUAUUGACAAGUUGUGAAUUUAAAUCAACAUGUAUUAACUUGAAUAUAUGGUUUGUAAUGUAGGACAAUUGAAUUUCUUUUGAAAAAUGCUUCGGUGAGUUAGUUAGUUAGUUAGUUUUAUAAACAUCUAUUUAACAAAAAUCGCAGUCAAAGAUAUAAAAAUAAAAAAGACGUAAAAAUUGUUUCGAUGAAAUGCUUUCGCGAUUAUUGAUUAUUACGAUAUUCAAGUUUGAAUUGUGCAUUGAACGUAAAUAUCGCUUUAGUUUCUCUCGGUGUCUAAACAAUAUUUCGUUAUUUGAAGAAUAAGAUUGAUCGGGAAGAAAUAUAUAUCGUUUAUGAAUCACGAAAUUACCAAGAGUAUAUUAUGCAAUUAUUCAUUAUUGUUCUUGAGUUUAUUUUAUUUCAUUUUUUUUUAAAUAUGAACAUUUUUCAUACUUUUUUUUAAGAUUAGACAGCACAAUAAUUACUUUCCAGUAUCGUAUACUUUAUUUUUCCCAGUAUUGAUUCGAUGAAUCUAGAAUUCUGAAUGAUACUUUGCUAUCAAAUAUUAAUCAUUUAAUCAUAUUAUACUGCACGAUAAUGCGUAAUUGAGACAAAUUGAGAUAAUUGCGCGCUGUGUUCUAAUAUCGAGAAAUGACAAAAUACCGUUUCGUUAAUCAAUUAGAGCGAGGAGAGCGUCCUUGAACCAGCGAAUGAUAUCUAAUAGAAUAUGACGGCGCAUCGUUGCCUCAUAUGCGUUAUUAACGCGCAAGAAGCUUAUCGUCGCGUUAUUUCUCGAAGUUUACAAAUCUAAGAUACCGAUGACGAAGUACUAUCACGAUUACACGAUAGCCUUGACGCUACGACGGCAGAAAGAAAUUUUAUAUUGUGUAAUUUAGCUUUCUAAAUCGAAAUUAUAUUAUUGAAAGUAUAAAUAACAAAUAACGAAGAAAACACACCAUCGCCGUGCUGACACCAUGAUAUGGUGAAA